UCGAUAGGUUUCACUAUCGCUAUUUGUCAAAGCGGGCAAAGAUUUAAUUGUUGCUAAUAUAUACAAAUAUUGUUUGAACAAAUUUGCAAAGAAGUGCACUCAAGAUGGAGGAAAAAUACGGUGAAUUUGGCACUCAGCUGCUCAAGACACCUGUCUCAUUUGGGGAACUUAUCGACACUGGAGCCCAGUUUGAAGUGGACCUGUCGUCUGCGAAAGAUGAGUUCAACAUGAUGGACCUUGAUGACAGCGACGAUGAUAAUGAGGCGGAUGUCAACAACGAGGAGCUCGUCUCGCCUUGGACUCAUUCAUUUGAGGAACUAAAACGCCUUAUGGUGCCCGUGACGGAGCAUAUUCAUAAGCGCAUUACCCGCAAGGGUGAGAAGGAGCUUGGCUUGGUGCCGGAUAAGGCUCGGGUAGCUGUGCGUUACAGUGCCUACUGGGAGGGCGAGGGUGCUCCCUUUGACUCGUCAUUGCUGCGUGGAACCAAAUAUGAAUUCGAAACUGGCCAGCAUAUGGUCAUCGAAGGCCUAGAAGCUGCUGUACGCACAAUGUAUCCCUUUGAGCAGGCCGAAUUCAUUAUUUCGUAUCAUCUGUUGUUCCGUGACUUGGGUUGCCCACCCAGGAUAAAGCCCAAGGCCGAUGGCUUAUUCAAAAUUGAAGUUGUCAACUUUACUCUUGUUGGCGAUCGCGAAGCUUUGGACAAGCUGCAUCCUGAGGAUCAGAAUAAGUUCAAUAUUGUAUAUCCCAAAGCACUAGAUAUGCACUUGUAUGGAAAAGAUUGCGUUAAACGUCAGAAACACCAAAGUGCAAUCACAGCCUUUGAAAAGGCAAUCAGUUCGCUCAACUAUUGCCGCCUGGCUGAUGAUAAGGAUGAGGCAAAGCAAACCGAUCUUCUGAUUACCUUAUAUCAAAAUUUAAUGGUCUGCUGCAAUAAGUUAAACCGACCACAACGUGUCUGCAUCAUGAUGAAAGCCUUGAAUCGCAUAACAAACGAGAAUCCCUCUGGAAAAUCGCUUUACCAUCAUGGUCGUGCGCUGGCCGCCCUCGGUGAAUAUGAUCGCGCACGUGCCGAGUUUCUUCGGGCUCAGGAAAAGCAUCCGAAUAACAAGGAAAUAUCGGAAGAAAUACUUAAAUUGGAUAAACGAAUCACUAACUACAAUCAAUCCUCACGAGAUAUUUGGACUCGAGCACUUGGUCUCGAGAAAAAAGAAACGAGUGCAACAAAUGCAAAUCCAUUAUCAUCCGAUGAUGAGGAUGUCGAUGAACAUCAAAGAAGAUUCAAAACUGAAUGCGAUGCAAUGAUUAAACAAUUUGCUGAGACAUCAAUUGAAUCGCUUGCACUAUCCCGUAACUCAUAUACGCCAAAAGAAUUUCAAGUUUUGCUCAAGUUGGCUAAAAAGAACAAAAUGGCGUUGAAUGCAUCGCGCUUGAAUGAAGAUGUCAUUACACUAGCCAAGCUAAAGAUUUAUUGAAUGGAUAAGAGUUCAAUUGAAAUAAAGUUAAAAGUGCCUAUAAAAGAUUUAUUUUUAGUCUUAAGAUAAAGCCAUUUACUUUGCAACUCUUUGACUUAAUUUUUCUCCUGUAAGCCGUACCUAUAUUUAAAGGGUAUCAAUAAUAUGUAAUCUCAAAACUAUGCCAAACUGAAAAGACGUAACUAUGUUUAAAUACUUAUGAAAAGCCAAUGAAGAUUUUUAAGUUCCUAUUCAUAAAAAUGAAAUAUAUGAGAGCCAAAUAUAAAUAUAUAUACUAAAAA